AUGACGGCACUCGUAUCUGACCGUGAGAGGAUGUUGCUCUUUGUCAAAGAGCUGGACCACUCGUUGGUGCUCAUUGGUAAGCUUCAAGAAGGUAUGCGCCUAACACUUACUAAUCUGGCCCAGAAUUUCAUGUGGGAAAAGACCCCUGCGGAGUACAAG